UUUUUUUAACUACAUACUCUUUGUAAUAUUGUGUUCUACUCAGCAUGCCUCCAAUGACAGUGUCUGACUAUCCAAAUAUGAUCACACCCAAAUAUUUCCACCAAAAUACGGUCAUGCCUUUGUCUGAGGCGAACUUGUGCAAGCACACUAUGCAGAUGAGCCCUGUGUCGCGCCAAGCAAAACUGGUUCAUAUCAUAGGCUAUGUCGAUCGGCAACGAGAGCUCGUCUCAUCAGAAGAACCCGUUCAUCAAGCGAUGAAGGCUUCGGCGACCAAGAGUAGUCGUCUUGUUGCUGCUAGAGGCGCUGGCGCUUCUGCUCCUGCAACUGUCCGUGGGGGCGACGACGAGAUGAACAGUGUCAUCUAUGAUGAUAUCACUCCUUCGGGGACCAUAACCCCCAUGCUUACGUCCACAAACAUACAUGCACAACUGCCCAUUGCGAUGCGCAUGAGGUCCCAGCAAAUCAAGCCCACAACUCACCAACACUCACAACAGUUGUCCAUCAAGAAAACCCCUGAAAAGCGAAUGUCAGAACCCAUUGUAUCGCCUAUGGGGAUCUUUGCAUAUCAGCAACAGCAGAAUCAACUGCAACUGCGUAGCCCCUAUCGUGAUGCGUCUGCUGGCGCAAUGGACCCAAGUAUGGCUCUGCCUCGUGCCCUCCCCCGAAAAUUACCUACCCAUAGCUAUGACUUGAGCAGUCUCUACUCCCCUGUAGAUUCACAUUUCCAGAAUGUGGAUGAGUAUGAUGCCCAAAGCCUCAACAGCCCUGCCCAAGACUGGCGACAAGAUCCCCGUCUCCGCCCUAUGUACAACCGAAGCCCACUCGUCCGUCAGGACUCUUCUGAAUCAAUGGAAAGGGCCAAGAAGUUAGGCCGUCUUGGUAACAGCUUUGCGUUCUUGAGCAAGAGCAAACUUCCUCAGCUGCGACGUAAAUCCAGCGAGGGUGUAAAAGAAGAGAAUGGUGGCCCUGCCAUCAAGCAUGAAUACGAUAAUCGCUCGGAUUCAGAAGCGAGCAAGGAUCAAAGCCAGAGCCAGAGUCAGAGCCGACUCCAGUCCUUGACCUAUAGGUCUGGUCGCGCUGUGAAGGCAGCUAUGGCUAUGGCAGCCAUGGCAGCUGGUGCUGGUGCCGGAACUGAUUCAUCCGAGACACAGUCCGAAGAUAUCAAGCCUCGAGGCACUGUCAAGCAGCUGUUCAUGGAUGUAUUCAAGAAAUCGAGCAAGGCUCCUCAAGGCGCUUCUUCCCCUGACGCUGAACCUGAGAACCAAAGGUUCAGUUUAUGGUCACCUAACCAACAGCAUGCUGUUGAUAUCGAAGAUUCUCUGGACUCUUUGAGCAGUGAUUACUCUCCUCACACAACAGUUCAGAGCCCUGAGCCAACGCCUUCGUCUACUACUUUGAGGCCAUCGGGAUCUUUUGAUCGAUUGUAUAAAUAUGGUUUUGAAGAAGAAAGCGAUGAUGAUGAGGGAGAGGAUACAGAGAAGAAGGGAAAGUCUGGCAAGCCAGAAGGACAAGAUCUGAUGCCUAUCGCUGCAUUGAUUCGCGAGUUGUCCGCUUUUGGCUUGGACUAUGUGCAUCAUCAACCUUAUUCGUCUCAGCAAAAUACGGCUGCCACUCAAAUGGGGCAGGAGCAAUCAAUUAUCAACAUUGAGGGUGCAGGGCUUCAACACCACCAUCAACGUGUUGUAGCAGCCAUGUAAAAAAAGAAAGAAAGAAAACAAUCCUGUACAAAUUAAGGCGACCUUACAAAAAAAAAUAACCAUCAACAACAACAACAACAACAACAACAACAACAACAACUAAUGAUUAUCAUGGCUCACCCUCAAUGCGAAACGCGCGGCGCGCGAAUGCUCCUCCAAAUCAUCACUUAUAAUGCGUAUAAUGUGUAUAAUGCCCCAUUCCCUUCCUUCCUUCAUUUUCCUUCUAUUCAUCUCUUCAUUUUCUUCCUUCUCUUUGUAUAAUUUCUAGUCUACCCAAUAAUAGUUUAAUAGCAUAAAUAUUUCGUUGUUUUUUUAUUUGUUAUUUAUAAAACACGUG